AUGGUUUUCUGCUCCUCGUCCUCCUCCAUUCAUCUGCUGCAUUUGCUCCUUCCUGCUGCCUCGGCAUCGCCGCCGACGAGCCGGAGCCGAGGCCGCCGCCGUGCAGCCCACGUCCGCCCUUCGCCGGCGAUACACCCCGGCCGCCGAGAGCUCUCCUCACACUCAUCGUCGAUGCUGCCCGCCGACUUCGACGUUCAGGUCCUCGUGAAGCGGCACGAAGGCCUGACGAAUGACGUGAAGGAGAUGCUGCAGCAUCAACGCCGGCGUCACCAGAAGAAGGCGGCCGGCGGCCGGGAGAGGUUGGCCACCGUCGAUCACCUCAGGCGCCUCUGCAUCGAUCACUACUUCCAAGACGAGGUCGACAGCGCCAUGGACGACGCCUCGUGUCUGCUCGAGGAGCUCGCCCAUGGCGGCGACCUGCUCGACGCCACCCUCGCCUUCCGCCUCAUGAGAGAAGCAGGCCGCCAUGUCUCUGCAGACGAGGUUCUUGGAAGAUUCACGGACGACAAUGGCGAUUUCAGACUCGAUUAUAGCAAGGACAUCAGAGGGCUACUGAGUCUGCAAGACAUAUCACACAUGAGCAUGGGAGAAGAAGCCUCACUCUGCAAGGCAAAGGAGUUCUCAACCAGGCACCUUGAGUCUGCCAUGAACUACCUUGAGCCAAACCUUGCAAGAUAUGUGAGGCACUCACUGGAUCAUCCCUACCAUGUCAGCCUGAUGCAGUACAAGGCCAGGCACCAUCUCAGCUACCUCCAGACACUGCCCACAAGGUGCACUGCAAUGGAGGAGCUUGCACUUGCAGACUUCCAGCUCAACAAGAUGCUGCAUCAGAUGGAAAUGCAGGAGAUCAAAAGAUGGUGGAUGGACCUGGGAUUGGCUCAAGAAAUACCGGUUGCAAGAGAUCAGGUUCAGAAAUGGUACGUGUGGAUGAUGACAGCCAUCCAGGGUGCCUCCUUGUCAAGAUGCAGAAUUGAGCUCACAAAGAUCGUCUCCUUUGUAUAUGUCGUGGAUGACAUCUUUGAUCUUGUCGGCACACAUGAGGAGCUUUACUGCUUCACUCAGGCAAUCAAAAUGUGGGACCUUGCAGCUGCUGAUUCGUUGCCUAGCUGCAUGAGAUCGUGCUACAGGGCUCUGCACACUAUUACAAAUGACAUCGCAGAUAUGGUCGAGAGAGAGCAUGGAGUAAACCCUAUCAAUCAUCUGAAGAAAUCUUGGGCAAUGCUGUUCGAUGGAUUCAUGACAGAGACAAAAUGGCUGUCUUCUGGCCAGGUUCCUGCCUCGGAUGAUUACCUAAGAAACGGUGUUGUCACCUCAGGAGUUCCACUUGUGUUUGUACACCUGUUAUUCAUGCUAGGCCAUGAUUUGGGGAAAGAUGCAGCGCAGUUUAUCGAUCGCAUUCCUUCUGUCAUCUCCUGCCCAGCAAAAAUCUUGAGACUCUGGGAUGACCUGGGCAGUGCCAAGGACGAGGCACAGGAAGGGUUGGACGGAUCAUACAAGGAGCUGUACCUCAAGGAGAACCCAGGGCUCGCCGCCGUAGAGGCGGAGGAGCACGUGCAGCGACUGAUCGCGAGCGAGUGGGAGGAGCUCAACCGGGAGUGCUUCUCCAGCUCCCGGAGGCCGGCCUUCCCCGCCGGCUUCACCCGGGCGGCGCUCAACGGUGCCAGGAUGGUCGGCGUCAUGUACGGCUACGACGGCGAGCAGCGGCUCCCCGUCCUCGACGACUACGUCAGGAUGCUGCUUUUCUAGCUAGGGAACACAACACAAGCGUGUUGCCUGCUAUCCUGCACAAGAGCCAGCCUUAACUUGCAUCCCUUAUUCUGAAUUCAACCUGAACCAUCUAUGCACCAUGCAUGGAUAUUGUGGAUUAGGUCUUGUAAAUAGGAUUGGUUAGUUCAGUGAGGAUAAUAUUACUCAUAUGGCA